AAUCAACAACCGGUGUUCAAAUACCACGCAAUUUUACAUAAAAAUGUCUACAAAUCUCCACCUUGCCACCGCGGUGAUCCUCCUCCUCCUGACCGCGAGCCAAAGCGGUGUAGCAAUGGCUCAGAGGGUUAUGGGAGGCGGACGCGAUCCAUGCUCCGUGUCAGAUUUCAAAGUGUUGUGCAGAUCAGUGGUUAAGGGCCAAAAGAAUGUUAACGCAGCGACGGAGGUUUCCAUAAGAGAGCUGAUGAAAAGAACGAUCAAGGCCAAAGAAGCCGCCAAGAUUAGCCGGAAAAGUGGAGGAGGGCUCAAAACUUGCUACUCAAACUAUGAUAGUGCACUCGAAAAUCUACAAAAGGCGUUGAAAAACAUCAAACAAAAUGAUGGGUUUAGUCUUAACAUCAAUCUUAGUGCCUCCUUGACGGACUUUGAUACGUGCAAUGACGCCAUGGGUGGUGGUACGGCUUCGAAUGUCUUCGCCAAAUCCACAAGCACGUUGCAUGAAAUGGCUGAUAAUUGCUUGGCUCUCUCUACCCUUGUCAAACAAUGAUGAUGAAGCCAAAUGUGAAUAUUUUAAUUCGAACAAGAUAACAAAAAGGAAAAUAAUGAAAAAAUGUUUGAGUUUACGGUAGAAUUGUUUUCUUUUUUUGACUCUUGUGUAUAGUUUCGGAAUGUUUUGAACAUUGUGUGAUUAAGAGGGUUUCAGUUGGUUGCUUAUAAAACAUACAAAUGUUCUUUCGUCUCACCAAAUAAAGCCCAAUAUACUUCAGGCCCAUAUAAAGCCCAAAAUAGUAAAUCUCAGGCCCUUUUUGCCAUAAGAAAAGCGACAGUCACAUUUGCAGGC